AUGCUGCAGUCAACCACUCCAGCUCGGCCCUGGGAAGAGGUGGGCGUCGAUCUAUUUCAUUUGAACCGCCUGGACUAUGUCCUUCUGAUGGAUUACCGGUUACGCUUCCCGGAGGUCAUCAGCCUGCGCUCGACGUCAGCACCUGCUGUCAUCAACGUCAUCAAGAGCGUUUUCGCACGCCACGGGAUCCCGAGACUGGUGCACAGCGAUAACGGUCCUCAGUUUGCUGCAAGAGACUUCUCCGCCUUCGCCCAUUCCUAUGGUUUCCGCCACGUCACUAGCAGCCCCAAUUUUCCACAGUCGAAUGGGGAGGUGGAACAGAUGGUGAGGACGAUCAAGGACCUGCUGCGGAACGCGGAUGAUCUAUACUUUGCGCUUCUGGCAUACCGGGACGCCCCUGGGGUAGACGGAAUGAGCCCCGCUCAGCUGCUCAUGGGCAGACGCCUACAGACCCGGGUACCUAAGGCGUCGCACCAGCUGGAGCCUGCCUGGGUGCCGUUCGUCCCAUUCACUCGGCGUGAUCAAGCCAACCGUAGGCGCCAAGCAUCCGACUUCAACAGAAGACACGCGGCUCAUGAACUGCGGCCUCUUCAGGCCGGCGAAAAGGUCUGGGUACGGGACGUCAACUCCCCCGCGAUCGUCAUGGGGCCAGCUCAACGCCCUCGCUCCUACGUGGUGGAGACUCCCACAGGUGUACUCCAGCGCAACCGGAUGCACCUGGUUCCAACGACGGGACGUCCUGCUGAAGACACUACCAGUACACCUGUUACUCCUGCGGCUGCGCAGACCGCCAUGUCCCCAACAACGCCUGGAGCUGAUCGAGCAGCUCAAGACCAGGAAACCGCAUCGCGUCAGGAAAGCACCUCCACUGCAGAUGCACCCUGUGGUUCUCCUUCUACGCCACGCGUCUCUAGGUUCGGCAGGAAGAUCGGCAGGUCGAGAAGGCUCGACCUAUGA